AUGGACUCUCGGUAUGGCGCAUUCAGCAUCCCGCGCCGUCCAGUCGCCAGCGCCGCCUCACCCCUAGGUCCGCCGCCGCCGUACUCGGCCCUCCCUGAGCGGACGCCGCCUCUGCCCCCUCGCCUCCGCACCAGCAAGUCGGUCGCACAGCUCGACGAGCGGCACCGCGCCCAGCCGCCGCCCGAACGACCGCCGCCAUCCCCUCUAUGCAAAGAGAAGCAGGCGACCACGCUGCCUACGGGCUUUGUGUUCCACGACGCGGCGGCGUCUCACGCGCGGCCACUACUAGCCGAGCGCCCGGUCCGCCGCGCCAAGAGCUCCGUGGACCUGCGCCGGCCGCAGACCUCCGCUGCGGACUCCGUCACCAAACCCGAGUCGUCCUGGAAAAAGGCGCUUGACGAGGCGCAGUACCUCGCCGGCGGGCUCAUCAGCAGCCCCGUGGAGUCGACGAGGCACCACAGCGUCAUCCGCCACUCGGGCGCGCUGGUAUGGUACCGCGGCCCAGAGACGGCCGUCACACUCACGAUCCUGUCCGACGAGCCGCUGCCGCCCACACGCUCGCUGUGGCUCCAGCAAAAAGGGUAUUCCGGCAGCGUGGGCAUGUCCCUCAAGGCCAUGGUCGGCACCACCAACGACUGGCUGGACGUGACGCCCGCCGCGCAAGCCCAGGCCGCACACGUCCCCGCCAACGAGGAGCGCGGCAUCCAGCGCGACCUGAAGCGCUUCGCGAGCAAGGCCACCGGGCGGCUUAAGAGCCACCUCCCGCGGGAAACCUACAUGGUCAGAAUCCCCGCCGCGGCGCAGGACGGCUACUUUCGCAUCGUGCUGUGUCCGACGCGCGACGGCAAAAAGGUCCUCGUCGGCAGCCCUGUGUUCCGCCUCGCCAGCACAUCGGCCGAUGUCAGCGUGCUGCGCGGCGCCGGCCUGCGCAGCAUGCCCCUGGAAGUCGGCGUCAAGGUCGCCAGCGCCGUCGCGAGCACCUACGUGACCGCAGCGACGGGUGCGGCAGCGGGCGCGGCCCGGAUAGGCGCCGGCCGGGUGACGAGCGCAGCGGCGAAAAAGGUCGCCCAGAAGGCGUACCGCGGCUGCGCGCGGGCCGGCGUCCACGACGCCGUCCAGGACAGCUGGCUGCGCAGCUCGACAGCGCGGUACGAGCGCGCCGUGUCCUCGGCCCUGAUGGAGCCGACGGUGGGUGUCAUUGUCGGCGGCGGCGCCGAGGGCCCCGCGUCGCCGUUCCCGAUCAAGUUUUCCGGGCACGUGGUCCGAGGCACGGGCUACACGCGCGCGCGGUACGGCUUUCCGACGGCGAAUCUGGCUGGCGCACCGGCGGAGCUGACGGUGCGCAUGACGGGCUCGUUUGCGGCGUGGGUGCGGCAGGUCCGGGCCGACGAGGGCGAGCCGGCAUGGUACGAGGCGGUGGUGCGUAUCGGCCCGGCGGAGAAUGGGGCCCCGAGCAUCGUGCAGAAGAAUGACGUUGCCGUGCACAUAUUGCACGAGCUCGAGGACACGGACUUGUGCGGCGCGACGCUCCAGGUGCUGCUGAUGGGGUUUCUGCGGCCGCUGGGCGUGGCAGACGCGGCGGGAGGAGAUGUGGACGGUGAUCUGCAGCGGCAUGCGGAUGACUUGCUCACGACGCUGGCGACGCUGGCGCGUGAGCAGUGGCAGCCUGAGCCGACGCUGGAGCGGAUACGCGCGCGGAAAGGCGAGCGCUCGUGGCGGGAGCGGCUGGAUGGUGUGACGGGGACGGUGGCCGCACGGGUGGACAGGGUGCCGAUGCAUCGCGCAGGGAUACGGAGCGAGGCAGGAGCACUAAGGGAUGCGAGUUUGGGGAACGGAGGGUUAUGGAUACAGAGGUAA